CGAACCCGGCGACAGGAGAUGGGUUCCCGCUCACGGCCAACACCGCCGGUCACGAUCAUCUGAACCGGUCCCGGGCCUCCCCUAGGUCAACUCAGCCUCCAAUGAGCACCUCCAGCGAAUUCCUGUUCUACGUUCGUCAAGAAAUGGCCCUGAUAUCUACACUUGGAAGAACAACAACAAUGUUCAUGAUAAAAAUAGCAUUAUUUGGAAUGAUGCUCGCUGGCAGUGCGGGGGUUGGGAACGGCUUGGAGUCCGAAGCGCAGCGCCAAGAGCUGAUGGUCGUCACCCCAGAGAAAAUGAACGCUGUAGCAGGCAGCACGAUUCUCCUACCCUGCUCCUACACCUGUACAAUCAGCGGCGUUACUCACACACUGGCGGAGUGGUUGAGGAUCAUAGAUGGACGUGAAGAAACGAUUUAUAAAUUCCCCAAUGGAGAUAUCAGCUCCUGGCCUUUACAGACGUCCUGGAUGGGUGAUGCGACCAAGUGUGACGCCUCCAUCAAUGUCAGCAACAUCAAGAUUCAAAACUCUGGGCGAUAUGGCUGUAAGGUCACUGUUUAUCCACAAAACAAGCACGACAUUGGGUAUCUACAGCUAAUUGUCAACAGUCCAUCAGAACUCGUGGUUGUGACCCCAGAGAAAAUGAACGCAAUGGCAGGCACGACAUUUAUUCUGCCCUGCUCCUACACCUGUACAAUCAGCGGCAUUACCCACAUGCUGGUGGAGUGGUUAAGCAUCAUAGACGGGCGUGAAGAGAGGGUUUAUAAACACACCGAUGGAGAGAGCAGCCACUGGCCUUUACAGGCCACCUGGGUGGGUAAUGUGUCCAAGUGCGACGCCUCCAUCACCGUCAGCAAUUUGCAAACAAACGACUCUGGGCGAUAUCGCUGUGAGGUGACGGUGUACCCACAAAAGAUGGAAGACAUUGGGUAUCUAGAGCUGAAUGUCCAACCACGAGCAGACCUGGCGGUUGUCACACCGGAUGCAAAGGACGCCACAGUGGGCAGCACGGCUCUCCUGCCCUGCUCUUACACCUGCAACAUCACGGGUAUUAGACAGACGCUGGUGGAGUGGUUCAGGACCAUAGACGGACACGAUGAGAAGGUGUAUAAGAUCAUAUCCAGAAAGAGAAGCCUCAGGCCUUUGCAGGUGACGUGGGUGGGUGAUGAGUCCACGUGUAAUGUCUCCAUCACCAUCAGCGACAUCCAGACCCACGACGCCGGGCAAUAUCGCUGUGAGGUCACAGUUUCCCGAUACGACAAGCCAAACAUGCAAGACAUCGGGUAUCUGCAGCUGAACGUUCACAAUGAACCAGGUUUGCAUUAUGUCAUCCAUGUAUCUAUUUAACACCGACUGCUUUAUCAUUCUCGCUAAGCGAAAAUUCUAAUUCUCUCCAUUGUCCAGAUUUACCACGAAAAUUCACUCUGUUGGCACAGCCAUGAAAGGUCUUUGUCACAUCCUGUAGUAUAAGAAACUCGACUAUUUGCUGAGUUGUCUACGUGAGCCAAUGAUAGGCGAGAAAGGAGAGAGACAGCGGUGCAGGGGAGCUGUCCGGCCUGCAGCCCAGCGACACCGUCGCUGCCCACCUCCCCCAAGCCCCCAGCACGCCGACGAAAGGGGGGGGGAGACCCUCACCCCAGCAAGAGUCUGAUCGCAGGCCACUCACCGUCACGGCCAUCGUGAUGCUUCAGGAUGGCCGUGGACCCGACGGCCGCAUGGCCCGGUGACAGAGCCGCCCGACGCAGGCAUCGGAGAGAACUACGCCGCGUGGGUGCGGUUUCCCGCAAACAGCCACUGGCAGCAAGAUC